CCGGCACAUGUGCAUUCCUGAGUCCCUGAUCGUCACCGCGCCGGCCGUCGUCUCCAAACAUUUUACCAAUCUCUUCCGCCAGGGUGCCGGUCGUCGCCUCCAACUGCGAGUUCAAAACCGCCGCAGAUGCAGAACCCCAACGGCACCAUCCUCCAGCUCUACCACUCCGGCCGUCUCUCUGCCGCCCUCCACGCCUUCCAAUCGCUCCCCUCCUCGCCCGCUCCCGCUCCUCUUUCCGCCGCCACAUACGCCGCCCUCGUCGCCGCAUGCUCCCGCCUCCGCUCCCUCUGCCAGGGCCGCCUCGUCCACCACCACUUGAUUGCAUCCCCUGAUGCCGGACUUGCCGGAAAUACUGUCCUCAACAACCACCUUAUCACCAUGUACGGCCGGUGCGCUGCCCCGGACUCUGCCCGCUUGGUGUUCGACGAAAUGCCUGCCAAGAACCCUGUCUCUUGGGCAUCUGUUAUUGCGGCACACGCGCAGAACAGACGCUCCACUGAUGCUCUCGUUCUGUUCUCUUCAAUGCUACGGGCGGGGACUGCGCCUGACCAGUUUGCGCUCGGCAGUGCUGUGCGUGCGUGCGCAGAGCUUGGGGACGUUGUUGUCGGGAGGCAGGUGCAUGCACAGUCUAUGAAGUCUGAUACUGGAAGUGACUUGAUUGUGCAGAACGCGCUGGUCACAAUGUACUCCAAGAGCGGCUUUGUUGGGGAUGGUUUCUCGCUCUUCACGAGGAUGAGGGAGAAAGACCUGAUUUCCUGGGGGUCCAUUAUUGCAGGGUUUGCACAGCAAGGGUGCGAAAUGGAGGCGUUGCAGAUUUUCAGGGAGAUGAUUGCUGAGGGGCUGCAUCAUCCCAAUCAGUUCCAUUUGGGAAGCGUGUUUAGGGCUUGUGGGGUUCUGGAUAGUUUGGAGUAUGGGGAGCAGAUUCAUAGCUUGUCUGUGAAGUAUAGGCUGGACUGUAACUCGUAUGCAGGUUGUUCAUUGAGCGACAUGUAUGCCCGAUGCAAGAAGUUGGAGUCUGCAAGGAAAGUGUUUUAUGGGAUUGAUGCUCCAGAUUUGGUUUCUUGGAAUUCAAUAAUCAAUGCUUGCUCUGUUGAGGGCCUUCUUAGUGAGGCUAUGGUACUGUUCUCUGAUAUGAGAGACUCUGGCCUCAGGCCUGAUGGCAUUACCGUUAGGGGCUUGUUAUGUGCGUGUGCGGGCUGUGAUGCUUUACAGCCUGGCAGAUUGAUCCACUCCUACUUGUUCAAAGUGGGUUUGGAUGGGGAUGUUUCAGUAUGCAAUUCUUUACUCAGCAUGUAUGCGCGGUGUAUGGAUUUCUCCUCUGCGAUGGAUGUUUUUCACGAGACAAGAGAUCGUGAUGUUGUCACCUGGAACAGCAUUCUUACUGCAUGUGUACUGCACCAGCAUCUGGAAGUAGUCUUUGAGUUGUUCAACCUUUUGCAGAGGUCGGUGCCGAGUCUGGACGGGAUCAGUUUAAACAAUGUUCUGAGUGCUUCUGCCGAGUUGGGUUACCUUGAAAUCGUGAAACAGGUCCAUGCAUACACCUUCAAAGUAGGUCUGGUGAACGAUACAAUGCUGAGCAAUGGUCUAAUUGAUACCUAUGCUAAAUGUGGAAGUUUAGAUGAUGCUGCAAAGCACUUUGAAAUGAUGGGCACCAACUGUGACGUGUUCUCUUGGAGCAGUUUGAUUGUUGGCUAUGCCCAAUCUGGUUACGCAAGGAAAGCACUUGAUUUAUUUGCGAGGAUGAGAAACUUGGGAAUCAAGCCAAAUCAUGUAACAUUUGUUGGGGUUCUCACAGCAUGCAGCCGCGUCGGCUUUGUCGAUGAAGGCUGCUAUUACUACAGUAUUAUGGAGCCUGAACAUGGCAUUCUUCCAACAAGAGAGCAUUGUUCAUGUGUCAUUGACUUGCUAGCACGUGCUGGGAGACUAACUGAGGCAGCAAAAUUUGUUGAUCAAAUGCCAUUUGAGCCCGAUAUUGUGAUGUGGAAGACCCUGCUUGCUGCUAGCAAAACACAUAAUGACGUGGAGAUGGGAAAGAGGGCAGCAGAAGGCGUUUUGAAUAUUGAUCCUUCCCAUUCUGCUGCCUAUGUCUUGUUGUGCAACAUAUAUGCUGCUUCUGGUGAUUGGAAUGAGUUUGCAAGAUUGAAGAAGGCAAUGAGAAGCAGUGGUGUUAAGAAAUCACCAGGGAAGAGCUGGGUUAAGCUAAAGGGGGAGCUAAAAGUCUUUAUAGUAGAGGACAGAUCGCAUCCAGAGUCUGAGGAAAUUUACACAAUGCUUGAUAUAGUUGGAAUGGAAAUGAUAAAAGCUGGUUAUGUUCCAAAGCUACCAUGUCAAUACACUAGUUUUGAUCAUACAAAUAGUGAUUUGUCAGAUGAAGACAUGAGUAUGGAAUAUGGUUGAGUCAGGUCUUCUUGGGGGUUUGUUAGAAUUGGCCAACCUACCAAAUCUGUAUGGCACUUGGUCUUUGUGACCGUGUGCUGUAUUUGAUUAAUUAAUCCGCAGUCCAGCAGGCCAUUGGUUUCUUUUCCAUAAAUAGAUGGAAAGAAGAGGUAAGUUUGUGACCAGAAGCUGUUCCUUUUCCUUUGGCUUCCAUAUGUGAAGAGAAAUAUGUCUUACCUGGUUGUUUGAACAGUCUACCUAGUAAGCCUGCUGAGGCCUGAAAGAGCUACUAAAGUGAUCUUGCUAUUUGAUAGAUAAAGGGCAAGUUAAAUGUGUUUGAAUGACCACAUGGUCCUACUAAGUAGGAUUUUAGUAGUGGAGCAAGAUACUGGGGUCAAGAGUCUGAGCUGUACAGAAUGGUCAAAGACCAGUCUCUUUUAAUCUACCACUGAACUGAGAAGCUUUUCCUUUUUAAGGGUAUCAGCUUGUCAGCACGAGUUCUACCUGAAGGAAGUUCAGAGUAACAUAUCUCAUGCAAGCUAGUUCUGCGGAUAUAUGUAUUUGGUGAAGACAACAAUUACAGAAUGAAUUCACAAGGGAGUAACAGAAACACAUGUAGUAGCAACAUGGGGACGGUGGACUGUUCAAAAAUUCAAUAGAAUCUCACCUCAUUAUUUUCCUCAGAAGGUUUGGUAGUCACCAGCAGUCUAUCAGGUAUUACUACAGAUUUACAGUUGCAAAUAAAGCUGAUCUAUGGAAUGCGUGUUUACAUCAUAGGGUUAAGGAUUUGGUUAGGCCAAAGCUAUUGGCUUGGAUCAAGGGUCUACCCUGAUCAUGUAUUCAGUAGAUAUGAUACCAGGUUGGAGGCAAAAUCAAACCUGUGAAACUGGCAGAGCAUCAUUUGUUGACUUCUUCUUGCUCUCCCUGACUGAGAAGAAGGAAUACAAUGCCAUACCAAAUAUGGCGACCAGAAUGCCUAAUAUGUUCUUCAUGGUGAAAGGAUCGUGUAGUAGAGUGUAGCCAAAAGAGAGAACAAGACAUGUCUUAAGGUGGCCAAGCACCUGGUAUGUGACUGGAGACGUUGUUCCAAUCACAAGAAAUGUACUGAAGUUCACAGACACCGCAAUCAAGCAAGAUAGGAUGAUGAAACCCUGCAUAUAAUUCAUGAUAAAGAGCAUCAUGUUGCAUGUAUUGUCCAUCGAAAUCUGAGAUAUUUGUAACUGCAUGAAAUAUUCAGAACAUACCACAACUGGAGUGGUGUAUUUGUGGGCGAAGACACUGCGGUUUGUAAGGAGUCGAUCCACAAACGGGCCGGUCGCAAACAAAAUUGCUGCUUGGUAUGGCGCAGAUUGGUAAAGAAGCUGCGUUGAGGAGACCUUCAGUUUCUUCUGUAUUGUGUUUGUGAGCUUCAUUCAAAGUUGUCGGGUUAAGGAUACCAUGUGGCUACGGUAACAAGAUAAAGAUUCACCUAUUUUUAUAUGAAAGUUCAUGCAACCUAAUUCAGAAGGAAUCUAGCACUAAGAAAUAAGAAUUUUGAUGAUUCACAAAUAACAUAUAUGGUUCUCCAGCCUUUUAAGAAAACCUGCUAAGACUACUGCAAGUUGCAUUUAGAAUAUAAGGUUUCGAAUAA